AUGGCGACAACCACCCAUACCCAACCCAAGAGGAAGUCCUCCGCCGCCGGACUUCCCACUGGUGGGAGGACGGUCAAGCGGAGGGCUUCCAAAGCCUGCCACUGUUGCCGUGGCAGGAAAGUGCGUUGUGACGUGGUCGAAAGUGGAAUCCCAUGCACGAAUUGCCGGCUCGACGAGGUCGAGUGCGUAGUCACCGAAGGAAAACGCCGGAGGAAAUCCUACGCCGAGGGCGAGCUGUUCCACCAAUCGCCCUGCAAUUCUGUAGAAGAGGAGAAGGAAAUUCCUCAGUUUCCCAUCUUCGAUGACAUUGACGAGCUCAACAACUUUGUCCCUUCUUUGCCUACGGCAGAGCCAAUUCAUCCCCAGCACGGCUUGGAGGACGAGAUGGUUCACCACAAGCCCCAUAUGCUUUGUGAGUCUGCUCCUUGCUCUGGAUUUGUCGAACCCCUGCUCAUGACACGGCCUCUCUCAGACCAGACACAAGGUCACCGCCUCAGUCAGGAGGAACGGUUUCGACGAUUGUCGACCGCUGGCAGCAACCAGCUCUCUCCACCACUCCUCUCUCCGGCAAUGUCGUAUUUCCUUCAGCACUCGAGCCGGCUGAACAUCGUCCUUCCACCCUACAUGCAGCCCAUUUCUCCCAGGAUCAUGACCGAAGAUCUGGAGUACCUGCAGAAAAAGGGGGCGUUCUUGAUCCCGGAGACGGGCUUCCGCAACGAGCUGCUCCGGUGCUACGUUCAAUACGUGCAUCCUUUCCUGCCCAUCAUCGACCUGCGCGACUUUUUGACGACCGUCGAAAAGAACCAGCCCACCAAUACGGUGAGCCUCUUGCUCUUCCAGGCCAUCAUGUUCGCGGCAACUGCAUACAUCGAUAUGCGAUAUCUCAUCGCACAGGGAUAUAUGACCCGCAAGGCAGCCAGGAAAUCCUUCUUCCAACGAGUCAAGCUCCUGUAUGAUUUCGAUUACGAAGUCGACCGAGUGACGGUCGUGCAGGCUGUCUUGCUGAUGACCUACUGGUACGAGAAUCCUGACGACCCAAAGGACGUGUGGCACUGGUUGGGCGUGGCCAUUUCGGUUGCUCGGACCAUUGGUCUCAACUGUGACACGUCCAACGCUUCGCUUAUGAGCUUGCAACAACGUCGUCUCUGGAAGCGCAUCUGGUGGUCUUGCUACAUGCGAGACCGCCUGAUCGCUAUCGGAAUGCGGCGCCCGAUGCGGAUCAACAGUGGAGAUUUUGACGUUCCGAUGCUCGAGGUGUCCGAUUUCGAGACUGAGGCCCUUCCGGCCGAGCUCAGUAGGAUGCUCGGGGGCUGUCCUGCCGUGCGAGACACGUCAAAGCGCGUCACCCUGGCCAAAAUGUGUAUCGGUCUCGCCGACCUUUGUGUCCGCAUCACCCAAGUCCUCGCCGUCCAGUACUCGACACUCGGCCACAAGAUUGGAGCCACCCAGGAGACCACGAUGAGACUCGUCCCGAAGAAAUCGGCGGCAGACCCCUGUGACGUGAUUCGGUGUGAUCGUGCGCUCGAUCAGUGGCACAAAGACCUUCCCCAUGAGCUCCAUUAUUUCGCGCCUGAUUCUCGCGAGCGGACAAGCACCAACGAUGGAGAGGUGAUCAAUCUACACCGAGCUCUACUGACCGGAAUCUACCUUACGGCGAUCAGUGCAUUGCACCGACCACAAAUCCUCCCAUCAGCACCCAACGUCGUUGUCGCCCCGGAACUGCGAGAACUGUCCCGGAGGAAGGUCCGCGAGGCUGCCAAUGAUAUCACCGAAAUGUACAAAGAACUGUUUGCGCAUGAUUUGAUCCGAUACCUCCCCAAUACCGGAGUUACGUGCCUGCUUCCGGCCAUCAUCAUUCACCUCCUGGAUAUCAAAUCAAGCGACUCCAACACGCGACAGGCGAGCAUUCGCAAGUUCCAGUUCUGCAUGCAGGCCCUGCAGAGACUGCGGGAGAUGUAUGCUUCUGCGGAUUUUGCCUUUUCAUUCCUCGACGCCGCUGUUCGCAAGACCAAUGCUCAGGUCUAUGCUGCCACGGCCACUGGAAUGAAGACACCAUUCUCGCCCGGUUUGACUGGGAUGGACAAGAAGAAAUUCCCGCCCGGACCGUUGUUGCUCACACCCCCUCCGGAGGCUAUGCAAACCGCAAGCUUGCUGCUCAUGAACUCGACGCUGGCGCCGGAAGAGCGAAAUCUCAUUGCCGCUUACACUCCACCAGAGUCGGAUAUGAGCUUCAGCUGUCAAACUGCGGAAGAAACCGUGAUCACAGCAUCAGAAGGGAAUGCCAAACACCACGUGGGGAUCAACUGUGGGCCGGAGGAGCACCCGCACGCUGAUUUUGAAACUCUCGUUGACCUGGAAGGGGGCACGGAUUUAUUUUCGACCGUGGAGGAUGGUCUGGAUUUGAACAUGCAAUGGUUGCAGGGAUUUGACGCGGACAACAACACGCCUAACUCGGGAGAGUUCCCAUUGGAGACGAUCGAAGAGGUUGAUGAGCAGCGAGAGCAAUGUGGUUACGCAGAACAGGAACUUGACACGGCCGAUGAGCUUGUACUAGGGUUGGCUCUUCAAGGCGAAGCCUGA